UGUGUGAUUAGACCAAUCCUCAUAAACAUAUUUAGUGGAGUCAGAAACCACACACUGGGUAUUGCUAGUCACGCCUUUUUUUGGUCGUUAGUAUUUUUUGCAAGCAAACAGCUUGUCUCACAUAAUAAUCAUCCAACCAGCUGGCCGAGUGUUAGAAAUAGAAAUAGCUCAAGCCAAAAAAAAAAUGCCUUCACGUAGGAAGUUGCCGACGCUUUCCAUAUUCUCGCGGAAGUCAAGCAGUACUACGCCUACGCCUUCAGCUCCUACUUCCUCGCCCUCACCGGAUACUCGAACCACUCCCAAUCCCUUAACACCACCUGCUCGCCUACACCUUCGACACAUCUUGCCCUCAACGCCAGAUGGUGUACCUACACCACCACCGCCUCCUCGACAACCAUUCCCAUGGUUGUGGCAAUGCCACUCGUGUGACACUGUCUACCGGCUCGGCUGCACACGCCGCUGCCUCGUCUGCUCUCACGACUACUGUCUCUCAGCAACCCCACCGAAAACAAGUAGAGGAAAGAAACGUCGCCGCAGUGCGAUGUGCGUUUCUGAAUUCGACUACAACGGAUGGGCAGAAUGGGGGGCAUGGCGCCGGAAGGUUCUUGGUAUGGAGAAGCACCACGAGCAGGACUUUCUGAAGGAGACGCACAAUUGCAUGACUGACUGCAACUAUCCAUCCGAGUGUCAUCACGUCAGGUAUAGGAUGCGCACGGAAGCGUUUAAGAGGAGGUUACUCGAUGCGCUUCCAGAGGAGCCGCAAUCCUCACCAAUCGUGGCAAGCGUGCCGAUAAACCCUGAUGACGACUUACCUCUGAACGAAGCAAGGGUAAUACUGGAAGACGAGGAUAAAGGAAAUAAACAGAAAAGCCCCACGAGUCCUAAAAGCCCGCUUAGUAAAACUUUCUUCCCUUCGGAUGAACCCGAACGAAAAGAGGGCAAGGUAUGGUGGACCGAGGAGGCAAAUACAAGUACAAAUACCAACCUCGAACGGGAAAUCCGAAAGCCGAAGGAUGCUGAGCUAGAAGGACCAGGCAAGGGAAAAUCCUCGAGUUCUGGGGCUGAAGAGUUUGAUUCGGAAGCGUUAAGCAUUGCUCUGGCUGAGGAUCAAAAUAUGAUGCCCCUUGACCUCCUCGACUACAUUAUGAGCACACGAGACGAAUCAAGGCAAUCCGAGCAAGAACAUCCUAGGCACAGCAGUGAAUCAAAUGCGCAGAAACCUACUGAUGCGGACAGAAGUGAUGACCAGGAAGAGUCAACAACAGAUAGCGACUCGGACAGUGGCUCCGCGUCAUCUUCCCGUUCAUCAUCUUCGUCUGUCGAUGGACAAUGGUUGCUAGCCAGCACAUUUGUGCCCCCUUCCCAGGGUGGCGGUAGUGGUGGUAAGGCGCAAGAGAAUAAGAAAUAAGGGCCGAAAAGAAAUGGGAAUAAGGCAAAAUGGAUUAUCGAACCUGGAGUUCAGCGCAUUCUUGACGAAUUGAUGGGUUGAUAUUAGCAGCGAGGACUAACUAGUAUCAGUAUUUUCUUUUGAUUCUUACUUACAUAGCGAACAUGAGAUUUAGAUAUACUGCGAUAUGGUAUUAUGAAGAAAUAUAUGAUGAUAUCAUUUUUUAAAAAUUAGAUACGUAGGCUGGUAUUUUCUCGUUGUGAUAGAAUCGCCCAAUAUGUAAAUAUCCUAAUGAACUCUUGGUGGUUUUCCCUAGAGACGUUAUGUGCUUCAACUCCAAAAGUACAUCAGAAUGACAACCCGAGUACGUACCUAAGUAAAGUUGCUGAUCCGUAGUAAUGUUGAGGCUCCACUGGAAAAUGUAGUCCUGAAUUUACGCAAGGGGAAGAAGAAAAGAGUAAAGCAGCUUUGCAGUCAAAAUAAAGAAAGGGCUACUUUAUACCUUCACGCUCUUUGCGUCUUC